AUGGAAAUGCCUCUCAAUGGUGGAUGGUCACUGGACUCGAUUGACAUGCCAACCAGGAUUUUCCGAGAAAAGCCAUUUGUUCAAUUCACGUCCGCUGUGGAGCUUUAUACCCGAAGAGAGCUGACCAACCCGGCUGAUAUUCUGAACGCUUUUGAAGGAGUACAGCUAGUGCUCGAAAAACGGAUCUCGGCCAAGAUCUUUUAUGGCGUACUGGAAACAAUGGUGGAUUCCUCACUGGUAUGGGAAUCCACGAAGCGGCUUUUCCGCCGAUCAGGAUUCCCAAGUUGGUCCUGGUCAGGCUGGAUUGGAGAGAUCCAGUGGAAGUUCAAUGAACCGGCACGAUCAUGGAUCGAGUGGCAUGCCGAUCAAAAUGUUGGCCUGCAUGCAUUCUCACGCCAGGAGUACGAGAGAAUACCACCACCCCUAGAGCGACCAGAGAACCCACCCCCUCUCUCGCAACAUAACUUGAGCAAAUCGAUGCCAUUACUGCACUUCCGAACCGUUGCAGCCCAAUUCAGUCUUAUUUCUCCCGCGCUCAUCCAUAAAUCGGUUAUCUCGCCCUUGCGCAAAAGGCUUACUGGACCCAGCGCAUUGUCAACGGUACGGCCAGCCCCUGCAGACCCCGGCUUGAUUCGAGCAGGAAUUGCGGACGACAGGGGAUGGUGGUGUGGGACGAUCGAUCUGGAUGCUGCCUGGAUGUCUCGGGUUGGCAUACCACUGGAGUUCUUGCUCGUGUCGCGGGUCAGCACAUUCACUGACGACGAACUCGCUAUAUGGGAGGGUACAUUGCCAGACGAAGUGGAAGACUUGAUAGCUCAGCGGAAUUACGGAGUGUACAAUGUGAUGUUGGUGUCUCGACGAGACGGUAUAUACUAUCGAGAAGGGUUAGGGCGCAUAUUGACAGGGGCAUUGCAUCGGGCUGUCCAGCCUGCUAGCUGGAAGGACGUUGUGCUAGGUUGA